AAACAAGGCUUUGUUCGUGAAACUUGACGAUCUCUCAAAUUGGCCGUCGAAUCCGUCCGACCUCAGCCGCGCCGCUCAAUUCAGCCACGCCCUCUGUCAAGCGCGCAGCCGCACUCCAUACCAAUUACAGUGCAUUGACCGGCGUGCGUAAGUCAUGGCGGCUGUCAAGAGACCUUAUGAUGUGAUCUCGAUCAAUUCAGACUCCAGUGAAGACGACCUGGACAGAUUUGCUCGACCACCGAAGUUGGCUCGCCAUAACAACAUGUACUCAGGACCAGACUACUAUCAGGACGACUACUUUGGACAGGAUAACAUGGAAGGCUUGAUGCGCACUGGAUUGAUUGUCAAGGACGAGCACGCUGGUAUUCCACAGGCUGAAGCCGGUGCAACGGCAGCCACACCCGAGACGAUUGAGAGCGGCGACGAGGACAUUGAUGCACCUCUCCAAUUCGGCUAUGAAGACAUCCAGGACUUGUAUCAUGUCGACAUAGACGACUUCCCAAACGAAGCCAUCGUGAUCACCGACACACCUCCUACUCCCGAACGCGGCCUACUCGAUCGUGUCCUGGACAUUGUGCCGGACGUCGCCCAAGACCAUGUCACUCAGCUCCUCGAAACUCACCAAGACGACAUUGAACAAGUCAUAGAGGUCCUCUUUGCCGCGCCCUACCCGAAGGAACGCGACAAGCGCGCAGCAGAAGAAGCCGCCAAACAGACUGCGCUGCGUGAGCAGAAGGCGGCCGAAGAAGCCGAGCAGAAUUCAUUGCUUAACCCUCAGUGCACUUUCUCAGGCAAAAUGAAGGACACCAUCAUCGAAGUGCUCAAGGAUGAGUUCAAUACUAUUCCCGUCAAGUACAUCAGGAAAAUCCAGAAGACCAAGACACAUCUCUACGCCACCUACCUUGCUCUCAACGAGGCAAAACAUGCUGACGUUCGUCCAUUUGGCAAGACUCCUCGGAGACCCUUGAAGGACGUUGACUUUGACCUUCUUGCAACCACAAAGGACCACAAAGCCAACGUCCCAAUCCUGAAGGCGCAAUUCGAAUCCGCCAAGAAAGCCGCCGCCGAAUGGGACCUUCAACUUCGCAAGAACCUUGCUCAAAAGAAGAAAGCAGAAGAGGAAGCCGCCGCAAAAACUCUGGACGAGGUGGCAAAUCUGGAACAAGCCAAAGCCAGCGGUGCUGUCGUCGAAUGUGCUGCUUGUUUUGAUGAGUUUCCUUCCAACAGAGUUGUCAAAUGCGCUUCGACAGAUGCCCAUUCUGUGUGCCUCGAAUGCAUGAAGAUCUACCUGGAAUCAGAGGUGGGACAGUCCAGCUUCAAGCUCGCCUGUCCCGGUGGUUGCGACGACACUUUCCACGAGCCUCAACUCCGCCUUGUUCCGGAUGCCGACGCACUGGUCGACGAGCUCAUGCAUCUGCGUCAGGAAGACGACCUUCGCACUGCUGGUAUUGACGACGUCGAAGCUUGCCCAUUCUGCGACUUCAAGACCGUCUGUCUACCUAUCGAGAUCGAUUUCGAGUUCCAUUGUCAAUCAUUCGACUGCGGUAUCACCUCGUGCCGCAAGUGCAAGGAAGAGACCCACAUCCCCGACUCAUGCGAAGAAAAUCAGCGCAAGCGCUCCAAGGAUGCCGCUCUCACUCAUCGUCACAAAAUCGAGGAAGCAAGAAGCAAGGCCCUCAUUCGCAAUUGCAACAAAUGCAAAAGGUCUUUCAUCAAAAGUGAGGGCUGCAACAAGAUGACUUGUCCAACGUGCGGCAAUUUGCAGUGUUAUCUCUGUGGCAAGGAUGUGACUGCUAACUACGCCCACUUUCAACCCCCCAACCCAUGCCCCACCUUUGAUGUCAACAUGACCGUUGAAGGUAGACACGAACAAGAGGUCAAUGCAGCUGCUGAAGCUGCUCAGGCCGAGGUUCUCCGUGACCACCCUGAGCUUGACAAAAAUUAUCUUGACAUCAAUUUCUCCGACAACGUCAAGGAAGUGGAGAGACCACCCACUCUACCACGCCCAAUUCCUGACGUCAAUCAGCUUAUACACCAGGGAGAGAUGGCCCAGCAUCGUCGCCGCCCCUUUGUCCGUGCACCGUUGUUUGGUGUUCGCCAGCGACCUGGCGCAGGACGUGUUCCUGGGCCACUCUUUGCAGGUCUUCGACGUCCCGGCAUGGGCGACCAAGCAGCUGCUCCUGCAGGUCUCGCUGCCAAUGUCCGACCCGGUCGUGGUAUCGCUCUGGACCCAGUGAAUCCCUUCAUCGACGAUUUUCAACAGCGGGAUCCCUUUCUGUAUGCGAACGACAGAAAUAACAUGGCUGCUCACGGAUUCGGCUUCGCAAUGCCGUUCGACCGUAAUCGCCAGGCACAUGCAAACAACUUCUUGAACAACGACCCCUUGUUCUAUGAGCCAAUGUUGUACGGAGCGCCUGCCGCAAUGCCAGUUGCACAGAAUCAGCCUGUCUGGAAUCACAAUGAUGAGGAGAUACUCCAACAACUGAACCAAGCCUUUGCUCCUCCCCUGAUGCACAACGAGCCGGUCGUGCGGCUCCCUGUUAACGCAGCACCUCCUGCUCGGGUUCCAGGUGGAUUUCUCAACGAACCCAACGCUCCAUUCGACUACAACUUCGAUCCUGUCGUGCCUCAGCAAGAUUUUGGCUAUGGCUAUGCCUGGUAGAUGAAGCUUCUUGGCAUGAAGUCACUCGGUCUCGAAGUGAAUUUUAUCACCCCUCACCCCAAAUAAGCCCUUUUGACAGAAAGAAGAAACACACAACCUCACUCUUGGCCCAGAGCCACUAGAACCCCAGCCUUGGAGUUUUUCUUACUUCUUGGUGGGGAGAAUUCUUCCGACUCGAUAGGAGUCUUUUUUUAUUUUUUUUUAUUUUUACAGCACAUCCGUCUCCUUCUCAGCAUGGCGAAAGAAGGCGCACAAAGGAUCGAUACCGACUUUCAAGGAGUUAUUAUCUCGUUAUCGAAAAGUGGUUGGCGGGGUUCCAGUUGCAUU